GUUGACGUGCAUUAUAUCGCCUGGCGAGUGGGGUAAGGAAUUAAAGCCAUUUCAUACAAGCCCGAGUUAGUGCGUUUAGUUUGAUAGAGAUAAAGAACCUCACCCUCGAGGAGGACGUCGCCUUUUGGGUUUUGGAGUGAUUCGCCAUCAAGACGUAGAAUGUGAUUGGAAUGGGAGCCGGAGCGCCGAUUCCCUGAUAGGGUGGAUUAGAGUUCUCUAAUGAUGCAGGGAGAGGACAGAAAAAAAAGGAAACAGAGUUUGAAUCCUAGAAGUGUGUCAGAGGAAUACUGUCUCAGAGAACGUCCGAAAGAAGACACGACAAAGAUGAAAAAUAAACUGUCUUCUUCAGUCGUUACCAGUAAGAAGAGGCCCUGGUCAUGGGAUCAGUACUUGGAAGAGGAAAAGGCUAGUGCAGCCCCCGUGAGAUUUUUUACUGAGUACCAGUCAUUUCCUUACGGCAAGAACGGCUUUAAAGUGGGGAUGAGACUAGAGGGACUCGACCCCUUGCAUCCUUCUAUGAUCUGUGUGCUCUCCGUGGCUGAGGUGAUCGGCUUCCGUCUGCGUCUGCACAUCGACGGAUACUCAGAGUGCUAUGACUUCUGGGUUAAUGCCGAUUCCCCUGAUAUCCGACCAGCCGGAUGGUGCGAGUCCACAGGUCGCAAACUACACCCUCCAAAAGGUUAUAAGAUGAAUGAGUUUAACUGGGAGAAAUACCUGGAGUCUUGCAAUGCUCAGGCUGCACCAAAGAAUCUGUUCAAAUCCCAAAACAGUACUACCACCACCACGAAAUUUGAAGUGGGCAUGAAACUGGAGGCAGUGGACAGGAAGAACCCCUGCCUGGUGUGCGUGGCCUCUGUGGCCGACAUCAUAGACAGCCGCUUCCUGGUUCACUUUGACAACUGGGACGAUACAUACGAUUACUGGUGUGAUGCCAGUAGCCCCCAUAUCCACCCUGUGGGCUGGUGCCAGGAUCACGGACGACCUCUCACAGCACCUCAGGGACACCCGAAUCCGGAGCAUUUCAUAUGGGAGGAGUAUUUAGAAGACAAUGGUGCUUCUGCGGUUCCGAGCCAAGCCUUUUGUAUGAGACCUCCGCACGGAUUUCAGAACAACAUGAAGGUAGAGGUGGUGGACAGGAGAAACCCCAUGCUGAUCCGCGUGGCCUCUAUUGUUGAUACUGAAGACUACAGAGUGAAGGUACACUUUGACGGCUGGCACAAUAAAUUUGACUUCUGGGUCGACUCGGAUCUGCCAGACCUUCAUCCUGUAGGCUGGUGUGCGAGGACAGGUCACCCCCUGGAACCUCCACUAACAUAUGCCGGUUCUUCUGACCUCAAGAGCUCCAUGACGCAGGGAGUGUGUCCAACCCCAGGGUGCAGGGGAGUGGGACACAUCAAGGGUGCAAAAUACACAGGACACCACAGUGCCUUCGGCUGUCCCUACUCAGACAUUAACAUGAAGAAGGAGGUAGUGCUGCCUGAUCGCCUCGGUGGCGAAAAGCAAAUCACCUUUGUCCCAGUGCACUUUGUGCAGAAAACCAAGACGCUGUGUGCUGAGCAAGAGGAGGAGGAGGAGGUGAAUGAUAAAGACAGCCAUGAGGAGAACAGGGAAGAGCUGUCGGGCUGCGACACAGCGCCUCGUCCUCGCGGUCGGCCCCCUGGCCAUACCACAAUAAAGAGGGAGUACAAGGAGGAACCUUCAUCUCAGGGACAGAAGGCAUACUCGCCGCUGGGGAAGCGUAGCCGUCUGACCACCAGGAUUGCCCAGUCAACAAAAUAUCUGCAUGUCAAAGACGAGGAUGAGGAGAUUGAGUUAAAUAGCGUGAUUGAAGAGAAAAACGUGGACAGUCUCCAGCAGGCCCUGCAUCAGUCGGUCUUCCUGUCAGCCAUGUCGGCUCAGCCAGGUCGUGACUUGCCGUUGUGCUGGGAGCAGCACUGUAAACUCCUUCCAGGCGUGGCUGGGGUGCAGGCUAGCCGGGUCGCCCACUGGACGGUGGAGGAGGUUGCUGACUUCAUUCACUCUCUCCCAGGCUGUGAGGAACAAGCUAAGCAGUUUAGAGAGGAGCAAAUCGACGGCAAGGCGUUCCUCCUCCUCACCCAGCGGGACAUUGUGAAGAUCAUGAGUGUUAAGCUUGGCCCUGCUCUCAAAAUCUACAAUUCCAUCCUAAUGUUCAAGCACGCUGAAGACAACCAGUCAGCAAGCAGCGAUACCAAUACAUGAAGCCCAGCCAAAUCUGACCCACUCCAUCAUUUUCAAGCUUACGUGAAUCUAGAUGUGUACUGUAUCGAUGCAUUCCAACCUCCCAACCUCCCAACUUCCAGUCCCUUUCCUAGACUUAGAGGUAUCUAUAAAGACUGUCUCUUCAGGUUUGAUUUCCUCAAACCUCUAACUUUCAGGUUCUAGUGUCUGUCGUCUGUUUGCUGACUUUCAAAUCUGCCUUUAAAUGUUUCGCCAUGGUAUUAAAGUAAAGUUUAACAAAGCCAUGGACAAGUACACUUUUCCUCCUAGGCCUUACCCAUCUCCCUUCUCCUCCAGUAGCUUUCCCCUGACAUCCAAACGAACUGACAAUCAACCAAUUCAAAUAAGAAACAGCAUACCCAACUGUGGCGACAGGGUUUUCUAGGUGAAGGUGCUAUUUAAUACAACCCACUAACAGCCAUUGAUAUGUAGGUUUCAUUGAUCAUGUCUAGUGGUUUCAAACCUGGGACAGGCCCUUUGUGCUUAUUUUAGUAUCUAUUUUGUAUAGAUUAUAUCUAAUUUUCUCUUUUCCUGCUGAUUUACGAUCUUUAUUUAUUGUGCAAAGACAAUUGUGCAAAGUUGAAGGAAUUAAUAUAUUGUAUAUUAUGAAUUUAA